AUGUUGUCCCGUCUGUCGCUGGCCGCGCUCCUCGUGGGCCAGGCCCUGGCGAAGAAGAUCUCUGUGCCCUACACGGAGACGAACCUGAUCCCGCUCCAGCAGAAUGCCGGCUCCGACGACCUCUUCCCCAUGGGCGAUUGCUUCGGCUUCAAACUGCAUGAGGCCACCAUCACUGAGAUGCAGGAGGCCAUGCGCCUCGGUCACCUCACCUCGACCCAGCUGGUGACCUGCUACCUCGUCCGAACCUACCAGACGCAAGAGUACAUUGACUCCGUCCUGCAGUUCAACCCCGAUGUCUUUGCCAUUGCCGCCGAGCGUGAUGCCGAGCGAUGCAAGGGCAAGGUCCGCGGUCCUCUCCACGGCAUCCCCUUCACCGUCAAGGACAACAUCGCCACCAAGGACAACAUGGAGACCACGGCCGGCAGCUGGGCCCUCCUCGGCAACAUCGUGCCCCGCGACGCCCACGUCGUCAAGAAGCUCCGCGAGGCCGGCGCCGUCCUGCUCGGAAAGGCCGCGCUCAGCGAGUGGGCUGAUAUGCGCACCAACUACUACUCCGAGGGCUACUCCGGCCGUGGUGGCCAGGUUCGCAGCGCUUACAACCUGACUGUCAACCCCGGUGGCAGCAGCUCCGGCAGCGGUGUUGGUGUCUCUGCUAACGCGAUUGCUUUCUCUCUCGGCACUGAGACUGACGGUAGUGUCAUCAACCCGGCCAUGCGAAAUGCCCUCGUCGGCAUCAAGCCCACUGUUGGCCUGACCUCCCGUGCUGGUGUCAUCCCCGAGAGUGAGCACCAGGACACAGUCGGCGCCUUUGCCCGAACCGUCAAGGAUGCUACGCUGGUCCUCGACGCCAUCUACGGCGUUGACACCCGCGACAACUACACCCUCGCCCAGAAGCACAAGACUCCCAAGGGCGGAUACGCCCAGUUCCUCACUGACAAGAGCGCCCUGAAGGGAGCCACCUUUGGCAUUCCCUGGAAGAGCUUCUGGGUCUACGCCGACGACGACCAGCUGACGCAGCUGUUCGGGCUCCUCGACCUCAUCAAGUCCGCCGGUGCUACCAUCAUCAACGGCACUGAGAUCACCAACUACGAGACCCUCGUCAGCCCCGACGGCUGGAACUGGGAUUACGGCAGCACCCGUGGUUUCGCCAACGAGUCCGAGUACACCUACAUCAAGGUCGACUUUUACAACAACAUCAAGAAGUACCUGUCCGAGGUCAAGAACACCAAGGUCAAGGAUCUCGAGGCCAUUGUUCAGUUCAACAAGGACAACGACGGCAGCGAGGGUGGCUACCCCUACGCCGACGGCGUCGGUCACCCAGCCUUCCUCUCCGGCCAGGACGGAUUCCUUGCCUCGCUCGAAACAAAGGGUGUGAUGGACGAGAAGUACUUCCAGGCACUGGAGUUCUGCCAGACCGGGUGCCGCAAUGGAAUCAACGAUGCCCUCACCCACAAAGGCAAGAAGCUCUCCGGUCUCCUUGUUCCCCCGGAUGUUGCCCAGGCCCCCCAGAUCGCCGCUCAGGCUGGUUACCCCAUGAUCACCGUCCCCGCCGGUAUCCACGCCGAGUCCGGCAUGCCCUUUGGCCUCGCCAUCAUGCAGACGGCCUUCGCCGAACACAAGCUCGUCAAGUGGGCCAGCGCCAUCGAGGACCUCCAGAAGACCUCCAACACCCCGUACAAGCGUCAGCUCCCCAAGUGGAAGGGUUACCUGGAGCGAAACAUCCCCGUCAUCUAG